AUGGAUUGUGGCAGAUUUUACUUUGUUUAUGGGUAUGGUGGUACUGGCAAGACAUUCCUUUGGCGUACGCUUUCUGCUUCAUUAAGGUGUGAGGGAAAGAUUGUUCUAAAUGUUGCAUCAAGUGGUAUUGCUUCACUAUUUCUCCCCAAUGGACGCACUGCUCAUUCAAAAUUUAAGAUACCUCUAAACAUUAAUGAGGAUUCAGUUUGCAACCUUAAACAAGGUUCAUCUCUUGCUAAGUUGGUUUCCAGAGCCAGUUUGAUUACAUGGGACGAAGCUCCAAUGUUGAACAAACACUGUUAUGAGGCAUUGGACAAGUCACUGAAGGAUAUCCUAAGAUAUGAACGAUCUUACAAGCCGAACAUGGCUUUUGCUGGUAAGGUUGUUGUACUAGGUGGUGACUUUCGACAGAUUCUUCCAAUCAUACCGAUGGGAUCACGUCAAGAUAUUGUUCAAGCUUCCAUUAAUUCAUCUUACCUCUGGGAUCACUGCUCAGUCUUGAAUUUAACAAGGAAUAUGUGUUUAGCAUCUUCUGAUAUUUCCGAAUACAAUAGUGAAGUUAACAAAUUUGCCAAGUGGCUUAUCCAGAUUGGUGAUGGAUUCGCCGAUGAUUCUACAGAUGGUGAGUCAGAAGUUUUGAUUCCAGAUGACAUGCUCAUAAAUGAUACUGAAGUUGGUUUUGGAGAGUUGGUACAUUUUGUCUAUCCAAAUAUUGUUUCUAACUUGAGCCACACUAAUUACUUCAAGGAACGUUCGAUUCUUGCUCCCACAUUAGAAGUUGUGAAUGAGGUGAACAACAGUAUUAUGAGUCGACUACUGAUGCGAUUACCUCCACACCAAAUAUGCUUGAAGGAAGGUGUACCAGUUAUGUUGCUUCGGAACAUUGAUCAGUCUAAUGGGUUGUGCAAUGGCACGAGAAUACAGGUUCGUCGUUUAGGUAAUCAUGUAAUUGAGUGCAUUAUAUUGACGGGGGACCAAACAGGUCGAGUUGUGCUCAUUCCACGCAUGGACAUGAUACCAAAUAAUGACACACUCCCUUUUAGGUUCAGAAGGAGGCAAUUUUCUUUGAUUGUUUCAUUUGCAAUGACUAUAAAUAAGGCGCAGGGACAGACUUUAGGUAUUGUUGGGCUAUUUUUAUUGAAACCCGUUUUUACACAUGGACAACUGUAUGUUGCACUAUCUCGAGUAAAAUCAAAGAAAUGCCUUGGAGUGCUGAUUCAGAAUAAUGGUACCAUGCCUAAGGGUAGUACAAUAAAUGUAGUAUUCAGGGAAAUUUUUAACAAUAUUUUUUGA